AUGGAGCGUAGAGAUCAGAAUUCAGUAUCUUGCAGUGAAGAAAGGCGGCCCAACAAAUUGCAUCGCAUUCUAGAUAUGGCAGACGUCGUCGUUGAACAAUUCAAUAAGGGAGGAAUCCUUGCUGAAGGACCAUUUUAUGAUGCUUCUACUAAUAAAUUGGCUUGGGUUGAUAUUUAUGGUCAAAGUGUCCAUUUUACCGACUUAGUCACUAAAGAAGAUGAAGUCCACAACUUUGAUGCUCGCCCUGGUGCCAUUGUUAAGAGAAUAAAUCAUAAGGACUGCUGGAUAAUUAACUUGGAGAAUAAGAUCGUCUCAUACAAUGAUAAGACUAAGGAAACUGAAGUCCUUGCAGAACUUGAGAAGGAUAAGCCGAAAAAUAGAUUGAACGAUGCUAAAUGCGAUCCAAGUCAAAUUGUUGUUCAUAAAGUACAUCAUCUGGGUACAGGCUCAAUGUAUGAACCUGAGAAUGGAGUGUUUGAUAAAGGUCAUGGAACUUUGUAUAGCCUCAGCAAAGAUCUACAGAUAACUUCUCAUAUGGAUGGAAUUAGCAUUUCCAAUGGUUUGGCGUGGUCAGCUGACAAAACGAUAAUGUAUUACGUUGAUACUGAAACGAGAGGAGUUUAUGCAUUUGAUUUUGAUCUCACCGACGGUACUAUUAAAAACAAGAGAAUAGCUGUAACUUACGAUGAUGUUAGCCCAAAUACUGGAAAGGAGCAUUUUCCAGAUGGAAUGUGCAUUGACGCUGAAGGCAAGUUAUGGAUUGCUGCAUGGUUUGGCGCUCAGGUCAUGCGGUACGAUCCAGCUACAAAUAAAUUAAUUCAAACAGUUACAUUGCCUUGUGAACAAAUUAGCUCGUGCGCAUUUGGCGGACCAAAUCUGGAUGAACUAUUCGUGACAAGUUGCGGGUAUUUAAAAUCUGAAGAAGAACGCAAACGUUUCCCACAAGCUGGCUCAGUUUUUAGAGUUAAAAAUCUUGGAGUAAAAGGAACACCAUCUUUGGGGUUUGAAGGAUAA